AUGCGGACGUGUACGAAGGCGAUGCCGACUAGAUUAGCGCGCCCCCCGGUGGUAAUAAAUAAAGCAUGCAUCCCGCGAGAGAGGUCCGGCCGUCCCCCGAGUGUUAACAGCGACCGAGGCAUGGGCCGGGCACAGCAUGGCGCUCCGCGAGGUCCGACCUGCGUGGUGGCUCACCGCCGACGCCUGACUCCAGAUGACCUGAUCAACGAGAUCGAGAAGUACAACGACAUCGGCGAUAACAUUGACGACGCGGUCGUCGAGCUGAUACCGGGCGUGCAGCCGACGCAGAGGCAGCUCGAGAACGCGGUGAAGAACCGCGCCGCGCAGCAGGAGGCCGCCAAGAGGGAGAAGGAGAGGCAGGAGGAGGCGGCGAGGAGGGAGAAGGAGCGACAAGAGGAAGAGGCUAGGAGGGAGAAGGAACGGCUCGAGGAGGAGGCGCGCAGGCCUCCGCCCCCCCCCCCCCCCGCGGCGCCAGCACCAGAGCCGGCGCCCGCAGAGGCCCCCGCCCCCGCCCCUGCAGAAACCCCCGCCCCCGCAGAAGCCGCGGCCCCCGCAGAUGCCCCAGCCCCCGCCGCCGAAGCCCCUGCCCCGCCACCGGCCGACGCACCCGCCGAA